AUGCGGGGUGCUCUGACGCCCCUGUCUUCACCACAACCACCGCUUCUGCUGCUGCUGCUGCUGGUGCUGGGGAGUUGGCUGAGGGUGGCCACUGGCGGUGGGGCUGGCGCAGCAGCCGGCUAUGCCCCAGUGAAGUACGUGCAGCCCAUGCACAAAGGACCCGUGGGCCCACCCUUCCGUGAGGGCAAAGGCCAGUACCUGGAAAUGCCUCUACCACUGCUGCCGAUGGACUUGAAAGGAGAGCCCGGCCCCCCCGGGAAGCCUGGACCACGGGGCCCUCCGGGCCCUCCCGGAUUCCCAGGGAAACCAGGCACUGGGAAGCCAGGGCUACAUGGGCAGCCUGGUCCUGCUGGCCCCCCUGGUUUCUCCAGAAUGGGCAAAGCUGGUCCGCCAGGGCUCCCAGGCAAGGUCGGGCCUCCAGGACAGCCGGGGCUUCGAGGGGAGCCAGGGAUACGAGGGGACCAAGGCCUUCGGGGGCCCCCAGGACCCCCUGGCCUUCCAGGUCCCUCAGGCAUUGCUGUCCCUGGAAAACCUGGUCCCCAGGGGGUGCCAGGGCCCCCAGGGUUCCGAGGGGAACCAGGGCCUCAGGGGGAACUUGGGCCUCCUGGUAGUCGAGGCCUCAAGGGGGACAAUGGAGUGGGCCAGCCUGGGCUUCCUGGGCCCCCAGGGCAGGGGGGUGCCCCAGGGCCCCCUGGCCUCCCUGGUCCAGCUGGCUUGGGCAAACCAGGGCUGGAUGGACUUCCUGGGGCCCCUGGAGACAAGGGUGAGUCUGGGCCCCCUGGGGCUUUUGACGAAACUGGCAUUGCAGGGCUGCACCUGCCCAACGGCGGCGUGGAGGGCGCUGUCCUGGGCAAGGGGAGCAAGCCGCAGUUUGGGCUGGGCGAGCUGUCGGCCCACACCACACCUGCCUUCACCGCUGUGCUCACGUCCCCCUUUCCUGCCUCGGGCAUGCCCGUCAAGUUUGACCGGACCCUCUACAAUGGCCACAGUGGUUACAACCCUGCCACUGGCAUUUUCACCUGCCCUGUGGGCGGCGUCUACUACUUUGCUUACCAUGUGCAUGUCAAGGGCACCAGCGUGUGGGUGGCCCUAUAUAAGAACAACGUUCCAGCCACGUAUACCUACGACGAGUACAAGAAGGGCUACCUGGACCAGGCAUCUGGUGGGGCAGUGCUCCAGCUGAGGCCCAACGACCAGGUCUGGGUGCAGAUGCCCUCAGACCAGGCCAACGGCCUCUACUCCACGGAGUACAUCCACUCCUCCUUUUCAGGAUUCUUGCUCUGCCCCACAUAA